GGGCCACAAGCCCACAACCCGAGUCACUUCCGCUUUUUCCACAGUCCCACUUCAGGCCGCUAGCGUCGUCUCUCCACGCGCCGGCCGAACCGAUGGCGGCGGCACCGACGGCGGAGGCCAUGGACGUCGAGGCACCGGCUAGGCCGCCGUCCACCGUCUCGGACACCAAGUACCGCUCCCCGCACGACCUCCUGGCCGAGACCCGCGCUUCCAUCGAGAAGGUCGCCGCCCGGAUGCUCGCCAUCAAGAGGGAUGGCGUCCCCAAGUCGGAGCUCCGCGAGCUCGUCACCCAGAUGUCGCUCCUCCUCGUGACUCUCCGCCAAGUGAACAGGGAGAUACUGAUGGAGGAGGACAGGGUGAAGGCGGAGACGGAGGCCGCGAAGGCGCCGGUGGACUCCACGACGCUGCAGCUGCACAACCUGUUGUACGAGAAGAACCACUACGUGAAGGCCAUAAGGGCGUGCUUAGACUUCCAGACGAAGUACCCGGGGAUAGAGCUCGUGCCGGAGGAGGAGUUCCAGCGUGCGGCGCCGGCGGACAUCCGCGACAAGACCCUCGCUGCUGACGCGUCCCACGACCUCAUGCUCAAGCGCCUCAACUUUGAGCUCGUCCAGCGGAAAGAGUUGUGCAAGCUACAUGAGAAAUUGGAACUCCAGAGGAGCAGUUUGCUGGAGACAAUUGCUAGUCAGAAAAAGUUUCUUUCAAGCCUUCCAUCACAUUUGAAAUCACUGAAGAAAGCAUCAUUGCCAGUGCAGCAGCAGCUGGGCAUGCAACAUACCAAGAAACUAAAGCAGCACCAUGCUGCCGAGUUGCUUCCAACCCCACUUUACAUAGCAUACACUCAGUUGUUAGGGCAGAAAGAAGCAUUUGGAGAGAAUAUUGAAGUAGAGAUCAUGGGAAGCACAAAGGAUGCCCAAAUAUUUGCUCAACAGCAAGCCAAGAAGGAAAAUGCAGGAACCUUAUCAAAUGGUGACCACAACAGAAUGGACGAUGAUGUAAUUGAUGAUGAUGAAGAUGCUCAGAGAAGAAGAUCAAGAUCCAAAAAGAAUGUCAUGAAGGAAGCUAAUAAUCCUGCAGUGGCAUAUCAACUUCAUCCACUUAAACUUAUUGUCCAUGUAUAUGAUACUGAAGAUUGUAGUGCCAAACGUCGUAAACUCAUCACCCUGAGGUUUGAAUACUUGGCAAAGUUGAAUGUUGUCUGUGUCGGAAUUGAAGAAUCUGAGGGCCUGGACAAUAAUAUCUUGUGCAACCUAUUUCCAGAUGACACUGGUUUAGAGCUGCCUCACCAGAUGGCUAAGAUUUAUGCUGGGGAGUGUCCAAACUUUACUGACAAGACUGCAAGACCAUACAAGUGGGCACAGCAUCUGGCUGGUAUCGAUUUUUUGCCAGAAGUCCCUCCAUCUGUUGGGGAUGAUUCUAACAGAGCAUUGAGCAGCUCUGAUUUGUCAUCUGGGCUUGCUCUAUACCGUCAGCAGAACCGUGCAGAGACUAUUUUGCAGAGAAUCCGCUCGCGGAAAGUUGCACAGAUGGCUCUUAUGUGGCAACUUGAUUAUUUGACAAAGUUGAAGUGGCCUCGAAUAGAACAUAAGAAUACACCGUGGGCAUCACGCACCCCAUUGUGUAGUUUGCAUAGUUGGUCAUUGACAGGUUCCUUUCCUGAGCCAUUGUCUCGUUCUAGUUUGAUGGUAAGUGGGGCUGCAAGCAGUGUUGACAGUGAUCUAGAGAGAAGAUCUGUGACAAACUGGGAAGAAACUGAGAGUAUCAGAGAGGAUGGGGAGCUCCCGGUUGUCAUUCAUGCUGAGAAUGAGACAAACAGUUCUGCAAUUUUGCCCUCUGAGAUGUCGCCUGAAGUUCGGAGCCAUUCUAGAGGCUUAUCCCUAAUAUCAAAGAGUGCAACACCAUCUAAGCUAAGUGUCUCACACAGUUUUGGUAGAAAUGAGGAUGAUCUAGAUAUCUUGAUGUAUAGUGACAGUGAGUUGGAGGACCAGCCCUUCAUUCAGGAAGAAACUCAAAAAGGUAACCUAAUUAUAGACAAAUCCUGGGAGGAAUAUGCUUCCAAGGAGUUUACCAUGGUCUUGAGUAAAACUAUGAAGAAUGGUCCAAAAGUUGUGCUGGAAGCCAAGGUUAAGAUAAGCAUGGAAUAUCCAAUCAGGCCUCCCCUUUUCAGCUUACGUUUGCUCUCAGAAAAGUCCGGAACUUUGAAGUGGCUCAAUGACCUCCGUGCAAUGGAAACUGAGGUAAAUCUUCACAUCCUUAGAAGCCUACCUUCAUCGUGUGAGGAGUAUAUAUUGACUCACCAAGUUAUGUGCCUGGCUAUGCUGUUUGACAUGCAUUUUGAUGAGGAUUACGAGAAAAGAAAAGUUACUUCAGUGAUUGAUGUUGGCCUCUGCAAACCUGUUAGUGGAACCAUGCUUACUAGAUCAGUUAGGGGAAGAGACCGUCGGCAGACUAUUUAUUGGAGAGAGUUGGUGAUACCGCCCUUUCUGUCCUUCUUCUGGUACUGGCAGAACUGAGCUUACACAGAUCCCUGGUUAUGCCUGCUUUCUUGACAACAAUAGCUGACAAGUUUGCCCUCUGGCCAUGUUGACUGUCCUUCGCUAUGUUUCUGGUUAUUUUACUAUGAUCUGCAGCCUGUAGAGAGCCUAUAUGUUGUUACUACAAGGAUGACUGCAUGUAUUUUGUAUAUUGAGCUUAUCGAAAUGCAAGAGGCCUUGUCGUA